UAACGGAAAAUGCAUAUACCGGCUUUUCGAAGUUUGUGUUUCGUUUGUUAUUGUAUAACAAUGCAUAUAUAACAGUCGCAAUGGUGAAGAUAUGUAACAAGUUAAUGUAAUAUUUUGCAUUUUCGUAAAGCACCUCCCAGUGUACCAGUUUAUUUCAUAGAAGUUCGAUUUGUACAGUGUAUAAAGUUUCAUCAAGAAAGCGAAGGUUAACCGACACAAGUAAAGAAAAUGAUGCAGACGAAUAAGAAAGGAUGCAAAGAAUUAUUGAUGCAGAGGAUGUUCUUAGCUAUAAUCUCCAGCAUAGCGGUACAGUUUUUCCUUGUGUCAUGUUUGUUUUUAAUCACGAAUUUAAACUCAGACUAUGCAUCGUGGUUUCAAAACACAUGGGCAGCAAUAACCUCGUUACGAAUGUGGAGUUAUUUCUGCGUUCUCGCUACUGUCACGUUCUUCCAAGGAAUUAUUUGUAGUAAAAGUUACUCGAACACUCCGCCUUACUUGAAAAGCAGAUUCGCAAAAUUUCGUAAAAUAUUCACGUCUCAAAACAUCUUAUUGGGUGCUCUGCACAUCAUCAUUGGUGGCCUUCUUGUUUGGUUGCAUUUAUCAGUCCAAGGAGGGACAUACAGCUUUUUAACGAGAGAAUGCACUAUAGUCUAUGGGACAUGCCUUAUAGAAGAACAUUAUUUUCUGUUCUUAAGUGGAUUUUGGAGUGGACUAUACUUUUUCUUAAAGAUUAGCAUACUCCGUGUGAACUACUUAAAAUUUCCUGUUAUACCCAUGUCAAAGUUCUAUCGUUUUAAAACAGAACUAUGCACACUGUUACCAUCUUUAAUGGCUAGAUGUGUGUGGCCAACAUUAUACUACUUAAUUGUUUAUUAUUUCAUGGGUUCCUAUUGUCGUUCUGUGAUAUUAUUCUUAGCAUCUGCAGAAUUGGAAAGUGAACCAUUGAAUAGUAUUCCUAGAUUAAUAAAUCUGCCAUUGAUCUUCCAUUUGUGGUUGUACCAAUUGAUAUUUGUGUUGGCGAUUGACAGCACUUAUUUAUUAUUUAAUCUGCAUUUGACUGAAUGGGUUCCUUUUGAAUUUAAACAAAGCAAUGUAUUUAAUACUGACAACUCUGGAGUAACUCUUCCCGAAGCAUUGUCCAUGGACAAAAUACCAAUAAUGCAGCACUUGGGUUAUUUGGAUUUAGUCACUGUGGCUCAAAAGGAAAAGGCAAGAAGAAGCAUAUUGUUUACAUUGAGUCAACCUGGUGGUCAUCCUUACAAUUGGAACUGCAUUGUAGAAAAAUGUAUUGGAUAUAUGAAGAAAUUUUCUGAUGAUCUUAAUGCAGCAUGCAUAAAAAUUCCAGAACCAUCAUGUGUACCAAACACAAGUGUGAUAACAAAGGGUAAUAUAUUUCAGAAGGAAUACGUUUACCGCAUGCGCAGCUUAGUAAAGGAGGAAACACUAACAUCUACUCAACAAAUUGAUAUAAAAAAAGAUGAUGAUAAUGAAUUAUUUAUUCAAAAAUUCAUAAAAACGAAGUGGAACAAUUUUCUCAUAUACUUGCUUUCUAAACCUCUUAUUGCUUACAUCUUUGGUGAAAUGGAAGGUGGCAAAGUGAGUCACAUUUUAUUUAAUGGACAAUCAAUUGUUUGGGCUGCUGAAGCAAUGUCUUCCUUAUCUGUAUCAUCAAUAAGCGAAGAUUCCUACGGGAUCGCACAAAAGGAUUUACCGCUUGUAAUUACUACGUUAAUUACAUUGAAACAAGCUCUUGAUAAAUUACAAAAAUCAAAUAUUAUGGCAAAAACACAGGAAGAGAAAUUUAUUCAACAAAUUUUUCAAUCUUUGUAUGGUGCAAUAAAACGAAGCCUUUACAGAAUUGUUAUAAACUUUGAAGCUUAUAUUGGAGAAUUGACUCUAGAGUCUGCAACAAAGGAACAGUUAUGCAAUUUCCUUGCAUACAGAGAAUAA